UAUGGUGUCACUGGCUGACGAGCUGACGAGUGUCAAGUAUAAUCUCUUCAUUCCCAAUUGAAGCGCCUUGGCAGCAAUGUCGGGAUUCGAGGUCGCUGGUGUGGUACUCGGUGCUAUCCCCUUGGUGAUUUCGGCCCUCGAGCAUUACAAAGCUGGCAAGGGCGCGGCUGCAACUUUCUUCAAGUGGAGAGACCAGCUGGAUACUCUCAUUUACAGGCUUAAAUUGCAAAGAUGUCUACUUCAUCUUCAUCUCAUGGAGCUUCUCCGGGAUGCCGGAGUAGAAGGUGCAGUAGAAGACGAUUUGACUGAAGAAGAAAUCCUUCAGAUCUUGAAGAAUACUAAGAACGAAGAUUCAGUUCGCGAAUAUCUUGGAGUUGUAUAUAGCAUGUUCCUUGAAGUAUUAAGACGAUAUGAAUCGUGCCUGGCGAUUCUUGCCGGGAAGCUUGCGCACAUCCACCGCCCAGCAGAUGCUGAUGAUUUGAUGUCAAUUUUGGCGGUAAAUGACGUCAAGUUUCUUGCUUUCAAGAAACGAGUGAGGUUUACUAUAGAGAAAACGGUACUCAAAGACCUCGUAGAAGAAUUGAGAGAGGAUCGCCUCUCUCUCCAAGCUAUUAUCAAAGCAAUUCGCACACAGACAGAACGAACUCAGCGAGAACCAUCAUACGAAGCCAAGUCUUUAGAGAGAUCGUUUGAAAAGGUGCGGGAGAAUGUGACACCUUUAUUUAAUGCGAUUUGCCGAGGAUGCACUUGCAAAUGCUCGAAACACUAUGUCAGAAUGAAAUUACCGGGAUGCAAGCCUGAACAGCCGUUCAAGAGGAGGAAGUCUGAGGUUGGGAUGAUAUUCGACUUGAUGUUGGAUCAAGGGGGUCAGUUUCAUCAGACAAUAGUGACGGCUCGUCAAGAAAACAUCGCAACAACCGAAAUUAACCAGCAGAAGGAACAAGAAAGCAGGAACGUCAAGUUCCCCCCUUCUAUUACAAUCAUCGACAAUGAGAAGGAGGCUUGUUGUAAUAAAUUGCCAAGAAAGGUUGUUGCGGACCUUUGUAAUGCAUUAUGUCAGGCCAAGACAUCAAGUCGUGUUCUCCAACUCGAGCUCGUCAAUCACAACUUGCUCUACGACCAUAUCGAGCCCGUACUAGGAACACAUAAACAGAACCCACCUUCAGAAUUUUUGGACCUUUUUCUUCGAAAAGGAUAUCAGAACUACGAUAUCCGAAUGACACCGAAGCAGCAGACACUUCUAGCCCUUGAUGUUGCUUCCUCUGUCCUCCAACUACGCCAGACUUGCUGGCUAGAUGCAGAUUUCCGCAGUACAUCUAUGCGCUUUCUUCUAUACGAGAAUGAGGGCCAAGGCACUCUUACUCCUGCGCUAUUCAUUGAGAGAAUAGUUCACGUAUCUAAAGUAUUCGACGAGACGAAUACGCCCCAGGCGCCGGAACCAAAAACCACUUUACUCGAACUGGCGAUUAUCCUGCUGGAGAUAUGGCACCACCAACCUCUGUAUACCUGUAUUAACGGCCUUGGUCUGGAUGCUGCAGAGACACUCGAGACACGAAGAAUCGCUGCCAUACGGUGGCUGGAAAGGACAUCGUCACGCCUACCACUACAGCACCUUGCUGCUAUUGAGCAAUGCCUCGCCGUUUGCUCCGGAAGACUUCGCUCCUGGUCUGAUAGAGAUUUUGUCCGGGAGUAUUGCGAGAAUAUCAUCAGGCCAUUGCAAGAAAGUUGCAAGGCAUGGUGAUUUACCUGAAUACCAUCUUCACUGUGGGAGAACUGCAAGCAUAGGGUACUGUAUUUAUACUUGUUGCUGCACGGGGGUUCCGAGGAAGCGUUCGUGCCUAGACUAGGACUAUAUAACGAGUCCUUUUGUCUGCAGCCCUAGAAUUGCCAUCAUCGCCAUUUCAUAAGGGGUUGAUCCAAUACCUGUAUCAGAGGAUUAUA